AUGAAAUCUUUUUCAAAGCCGCUCGUUGUAGUUUUACUUGUCCGGCGUCGUUCUUCGCUUCUAUAACUCUUCCCGGGUGCACAAGACAUGGUGACAUACUACUAGAUGUAGACUUAGGAUAUGGAUAUUCGUGCAGAAAAGUUGAUAACUGCGAUAUAGGAAGACCCUAGGAGGAGGCCAAGUUCAAUUUGGAGUUCGAUCUUCUUUCAGCUCGAUUCAAGCCUUUCGGUUUUUGGAGUACACGACAGUUGUGGCAGGUACUUAUCAAUAAAAAGCCAUUCGCACCAGAAGAACUACGUCAAAGAAACCACAAACCAUGCCCGACCCGCCCCGAUCGACCGCGUCCGUCUCGCCCCUCCAUGCCCAUGGCGGGGACACGACGCCGGGCGGCACGAAGAAGAUGCGGCUGAUAUUCCGAGUAAAACCGUCCCCAUCCCAGAGUUGUCAUGCGUAUCUGCAUCCCAAAAAAGAUUCUCAUGCGGGGCCCCAUGCGAUGAAGCAUUUCCUAGUCGUGUUUUGGAAUUUGUGAUGCUAGAACAAGGAAUGACAAUGAUAUUAUACUAGAUCAAGAUCUGUGAUGUUGCUUCUGAACUAGCUAAACAGGAUCGCUUACACUACGAGGGCAAACUUGUCAUGCGAAGCAAACAAAGCUGGUGUAUUUGUGUUUGUGUAGCAGAUUUCCCAUCUUGUUGACUCUAGUGAUGUGGGGACGUUUUACGCGGGAUACUUGAAGGACCUGCCAAAAAUCCAGUCGAAAAAGAAGCCCGCGACGAACACGAUUCCGCCCUCGGAUUUUUAUCCGUGGUUAAUUCAGAAGAUGCGGGGGCACAUCUUCAUCCUGUUCGAGAUACCGGAGGCAGGUAAUAGUACUACUGCAACUAGUUCAUCCUGUAGCGAUUGUGUUUCAUCAACGACAGCUAUUCUUCUAGUAAUAGAUUCUAGCGCAUGCUGCAAUUGCAAAACGCGGCCAAGAAGUGAAAAUGUAAAAAAAACCUCAGGUGUCCCGUCGCGCAUUGUCCAGAUUGUCAUCUUGUCCUGUAUCGCCUGUUCCGUGACGACCUUCAUCUGGGAAUCCUUUCCCGAGGCCGAAGAUCCGAUUUUCGGGAUCCUCGAGUGGGUCUUCACCGGUAUUUUCACCGGCGAGUACGUUCUCCGCCUGUGGGUCUGUAACGUGUUUAACACGCAAACAAGGUCUAUGCAAGGAAAAAUCCUGUGUAAGUGUAGCUUUGAUCUUCUUGGAGGAACAGCAUCACAAGUUUGCUAUGCAUGACACGACAGAGAAACACCUGUCAUGCGUAGCUGCUAGUAGUACCUACGUGAAGACACGACGUACGAAAAGAGCCUCUGAUGCAUGUCCAGCAUGACAGAUGUAAGUGUCUUGCGUCGUCUGCAAAACAGAGUUGCACUUACACAGUUUUUUUCUUGGAUACGUUCGGAGUUUCUCAAAGACUCGCUGAACAUAUCAAAUGUAAAAAUGUCUAGGUCUGCGUCUGGAAGCAUGCAACUUGUGAUGCUGAAUUUGGAUUCCAAAAAAAUCUGUAUUGCAUGAGGAGCAAAGUGAACGCAAUUUUUGCUACGCGGAAAGGGCAUUUGUCAUGCGGAAUAGGCAUCGCGAAACCCUCAAAAAAUCCGUGAUGCUAGGGCAUGCAUCACAGACAUCAUGGCCCAUGCAAAACAUGCAUGACAAGUCUCAGAAUCUUCCAGACCCAGAGCGAGGACACUUUUACAUUUGAUAGAAGAUCAUGGACGUCUGCGCCAUCCUGCCCGCGUAUCUGGAGCUGGCCUUCUAUCCCAGGAGUAAAAACUACGUCUUCACCCCGAAGAAGUAGACAAGAUGGACAUUUAGCAAAACAAGCUAAAGAACUUAUGGAACGCACGCAUGACAAGUUUGAAUUUAUUGCAGUUGUGGACUAUAAUUCGCAUGACAAGUCUGCUGGGGUGGUGCUGCUGACGUUUUGUUUACACAGGAUAUCUUCUCCGCGAUCUUCGAUGUCAGUGUGCUCCGCGUUUUUCGGGUCGUCCGACUGAUCCGUCUGUUCCGCAUCAUGCGCAUCGGGCCGUUUCAGGUCGGUGUUUUACUGAUCUACCAAACCGUGAAGCGCGCCGUCCGGACGUUGCUCGUCUUGUUCUUCAUCCUGGCGAUUGUCGUGGUUUUCUUCGUAUCCUGUGCAAAAGUAUAAUCGUACUCGUAGUAAUUGCAGUCAUGCAUUAGAAAUCUUUGUCUUAAGGUAAAUCCGCAUAUACAAAUUUUAUUUUUCAUGCUGAGGAAAUCGAAAUUUGUAUUGCUAUUCCUACUAGUACGAUGCUUUUGCAGUUCAUACAUCGGCACCCUGAUCUACUACACGGAACGGUGGUCCUAUCGCAAGAAAAAACUGUUUCACUGUAAACUUGUAAUGCAGAAAAUGCAUCUUCGCAGUGUUUGUCUUACUACACACGCAAGACAGUGAAUUUUUAGCUAUGUUUUCCCCUAGGAACCUCGCAUGGCAAAUUUUCCCUGUCAUGCGGAACAAACUUGUGAUGCAAAAGUUGCAAAAUCCUUACAGUGAAACACUUUUUUCGAGGGAUAGGUCCUGUCCGCAGAAGCUCGUGGAGAACUACGAUACCGAGUACUCCUCCUACGCCAACGAGUGCCGCACCAUCGGGCAGGGGUUCACCAUAUCAAAUGUAAAAGUGUCUGGGUCUGGAAGAGUCCGAACUUGUGAUGCUGCAUUUGGAUUCUAAAAAAAUCUGUAUUGCAUGACCAGCAAAGGGAAUGCAAUUUUGGCUAUGCGGAGAGGGCAUUUGUCAUGCGGAAUAGGUAUCACGAGGCCCUUAAAAAGUCUUUGAUGCUAGGGCAUCAUCACAGACAUCGUGGCCCAUGCAAAACGUGCAUGACAAGUUUCAGAAUCUUCCAGACCCAGACAUUUUUGCAUUUGAUACACCAGCCGGGGCUCUCUGACGAACGCGGACGAGCUGUGCUGCGACGUCUUCAACGAGGACGCGCACGAAAACGACGAGAAAACGUACGCUAUGGAGGUCUCAACUGUUACAUUAUCAACUGUUACAUGAGUUUGUGAUGCAAGCACGGCAAAACUGAAAGGGGAAAGAUUGCGCCUUUUGCAUCACAGAUUUGGCACAGAUUCUUAGCCUAUUUGGCCCUUCGAGAAUUUGUCAUGCGAAGCAGCUUGAUCGCGUCGAUUCUGGUUCGAAUUUUGCAUGACAAAUCAUGUAACUACAGUUGAGAAUGUAACAUUUGAGAACGCCAUAUACGCGGCCAAAGGCUUUGAAUCCAUCAUCCACUCGCUCUGGUGGUCGCUGGUCACCGUUUAUGGAUUGCAAAAUGUGAAUGUCUGGGUCUGGAAACUUGUGAUGCUAAAGUGUGCAUGAUGAGAACACUUCCGAAUGCAGUCCACCAUGACAACUUCCCAAAACGCUUUCUCAUAGGCAAUCCGCAUGAGAAGCUGCGUUUUCGCAUGACAAAAGAGGCUGCGCCUUUUGUUGGUUAUGCAAUACAGAUUUUCUAGGUAUAGAAAGCUAGCAUUACAAGUUUCAACCUUCCAGACCCAGACACUUUUACAUUUGAUACCGUGUCCACCGUGGGUUACGGGGAUUACGUGCCGCAAACGGAGAUCGGGAAAUAUGUCGGGAUGGGUGUGAUGAUCUGCGGGAUCUUGAUUUUGAGUCUCCCGGUGGGUAUCGUCGGCUCCAAAUUUCACGACGCGUACAACGAACUGGAUCGCGAACCGCCCAUGCUAUCCUGUGCAAGAUGAGUAUCUUACUCGUACUAAUCAUGGCAAUCAUAUACUACGCUAACUACCACCAUUACAAAUUACUACAAAUUCCACCUUUAUUCAUGCUGACCAGAUUGAAAUUUGUGAUCCGGUUUGUUUCUACUAGAACUAGUACGAUCAUACUUUUGCAAUUCAUACAUGCUGAAGUACUACAACCGAACUUUCACGUGGCAAGCGAGAAAAAUGGAGCGGGCAGCACUGCUGCGGAAAUUACGGGCAGACAGGUAAAGAAAACAUACUCAAACUCUUCGCUGUACCUCUAUUCAUCCUUAGUCUCAAAAUUAUUAUGCAAGACAAAAAUUCAUCGGUACAAAUACAAUCCACAUUCUAGCAGGGUCGCGCGGAGUAAUUUCGCGCUGCGAGGUGUUUUUCUUAUGCUAACUCGAAAGCGUAGCUGGGCCUUUCUUUGGCAGCUCGCAGGACGAAAUCUUCUCAAACCCUAGGCAUCGCGAGCCUAGGCUAGGAUAAAAAUAAAAUUUUGAAAUUUAUUCGCGGAUUUGAUUAUUUCCAUCCUAGCCGAAGAGGGGGUCUUUUCUUGCUGAAAACGCCUUCUGUCUCGCCAGAUCGGAAGCUUUGGGUCCGAUCUUUGCAACUGGCAAAACAGAUUGGCCCCAGAGGCUAGGUGAUGCGACUUUCGGCUAGGAUAAAAAUAAAUUUUUGAAAUUUCGCGGAUUUGGUUUUUUCCAUCCUAGCCGAAGAGGGGGUCUUUUCUCGCUGAAAACGCCUUCUGUCUUGCCAGAUCGAAAGCUUUGGGCUCGAUCUUUGCAACUGGCAAAACAGAUUGGUGCCAGAGGCUAGGUCGUGCGAGUUUCGGCUACUUAGGAUAAAAAUAAAAUUUUGAAAUUUCGCGGAUUUGGUUUUUUCCGUCCUAGCCGAAGAGGGGGUCUUUUUUCGUUUGACCAAUCAUUUGUGCGAUUUCAUCGCGGGCGCAAACAAAAAUCUGCAGCAAAAUACUGCAUUCUCAGGGACAACGUACUAAACGAGGAAGUAAUUGGCCCCGUCGACCGCGAUGACCUCGUAUGCAAUACAAAUUUGCCGUACUCCUACUGACCAUUUAUCAAGCAUAAAAAAGAAUUUGAAUUGCCAUGCUAAUGCUAUUGACGGUUGGGAAGAAGUUUUGUCAUGCAGCAACAGAAUUCCAAUUUCUGUGCGGCAAAUUUGUCGUGGAUACCUCGCCUCCUUCCCGAUGCUCGACGAUGAAGAGGAGGGCAACAGCGAACUGGUGCAAGCGACGCUGCGUAAGUGCUUGACGAAAAUGCUAGAGUCCGAGCACUAUGCAUUGAUUGCAACAGUAUAAUCGUACUGCUCGUAGUACUUCUACUUAAAAAUUGCAGCCACGCAAGGAGGAAAGCUGAAUCAGCAUGGUAAAUUUGAUCACGUGUCAUGAUAUGGACCUACUUAAAUUUGUAUUGCGGUUACUCCUACACCUACUAGUACGAUUGCACUUUUGCAAUUCAUAAGCACGAGGAAGCCGUGGAGGAGGAGAAGCGGCGGAAGGGCAGGAGGCUGCCUUCCGACCGCCGCACUUCCCGGAGUCGGCAGCAGAAGAAGAUCAUGCAGAAGGUGAACAAGGGCGCGGCCAUUACGGAUAUGAUGCUGGAAGACGAGAAAAAGGAGAUGAACGCACGGGUGGAUAACAUGGUCAAGGUGUUGCGGGACCAGCUGAAACGGGGCAUCGUGCCGAAGGAGCUGCUGUUUCCGAAAGUAGGGUGCGCACAGUCGGACUCGCGCAAGAUGCAAGAAGAUGUCCUCUAUCAAGCAAAAAGCUGUUAAUGUUAACGGUUUUCACUUUUCACAAAUAACCGCAGUUAUGCAGAACAAAUGUUACUCCCUGGCAGGCAGGCAUGCCAUGCAAUACAACUCUGCGCAGCACCUUUUCUGAUGCAUGACUGCAUGCGGAAUUUUUCCGUUAACUUUAACACUUUUUGGUUUGAUAUCCAAGGGAGUCUGAUGAAGAAAGCUGGUAGGAUUAAGAUCAAAAUUUAUCGUGCGUGAUUAUCAUGGGCAGCAGUUUUUGCAGCACCUCUGAUAGACAUUGACAUUCCUUAUUUGCAUCACAACAUCGAGUGAACCUUCGUUCUGCAGCUGAAGUAAAAUUGUUUCUCUCGUCUUCUACUUCUACCGUAACUACUUCAGGUAUGGCGAAGGUAGCAUCUAAAAUGGCGGCGUCAGGCAGUGCGUCCAAGAUUAUCACACAGAAACGUGCUAGUACUACUACUAGCAAAUCAUCGUUGAAACUUGCAGAUGAAGUAGUAGAGCGAGUGACUGCAAAAAAAAAGUUUCUCAUGGUGCGAGCCAUCGUGCUUGGCGUUGAAGUCAUGUGAUGUUCAUCCAGUCUGUUGCGCAUGACAAACUACACAAAGAACAUCUAACAGCACUAUUGCUGGUAGUACUAGCAUUUUUCGGUGUGAUGGAGAACAUAGUGGUCUCGGAUGCAAAGGAAUAUCCGCUGAAGGAUUUCGAAAUCAUCACCAGUAACAUCGUCGCCUGUUUGCAGUACCAAACGUGGCUCGACGAGCGACACAGAACCAUGGAGCGGGUUAGGAAAGAAAUGGACACGCAACUCGUCGCGCAACUGGGCAACAUGCUGGGCGAAGAUUGGGGAUCGUGAGGUGGAGGUGGCGAGGAAAGAAACCCUUGUUCUUCGAUGUUGAGAAUCAUGUUUUCAAAUUACCUCCUUGCAAUCCUAGUACAACAGCCGAGAACUCCAAUUUGUUUCCUAUUCCUCGAACUAGAACUUCGACUUCCUUCACAUCUUCUCACCACCACCUCUGCUCUAGCCACGAGGCAAACCGCCCGAAGAUUUAAAUACUUGCUUGAGUAAAGGAUUUCUAAAUUUAUUUUGUACGCAGCAAAUGAUGUGCAAAAUGAAACAAGACAAGGUGGUCAAUGUAGACCAUCAUCAAAAUAAGUGCCGCGUCCGAAGUACAAACAUUUCGUCUUCUUGCUAAAGGAGAUGAAAACAAGGCGGUAAAAACUCGGGCGAAGACGAAGAGAACUGAGAACGAGAAACUGGUGGUAAAAGACUAGGUGUGGUCGUAACCAAGUUGCUGAUGAAGAUGAUAUACAACUGCCUCUAGAUGAAGUAGUACUUGCGCGACGCCUGUGCCUGCUUUCGCGCACUACUAGGACCCAG